AUGUUGUCUUUGUUCGCCGAGCUGAGAAACAUCACCAUUGCAAAAGCGGUGAGAAGUAUUCGGUCAGAGAAAAUGGAUUCGGUGACAAAAUUACUGGUACUGUGUACCUUUCUCUCAGUGAUAAAGCUAUACGAAUCUGCGGCCACUGUUACAUUCGGUAUUAAUCCAGUGCGGCCAGUUUUGACUACUGACAUGACCCUUACAUGCGAAGCAAACUACAAAACCAAUAAACUGAAGAAGUUGUCCGUGCUCGCUGGCAAUGCGGAAAUUCUUAGCUACCAACCCGACAAGAGACCACGCGUUCAAUGGAAGGACGACGAAACCAAGGCACGUUUCGACUUCAAGAAAGAACUCAGCAAAACACGUACCUUCUUAGAAAUGACCCUCAAGAAACCCAAGUGCACUGACCAGAAUAUUUACAAGUGUAUCUACAACGAUGGGCAAGCACCAAUAGAAGAGGAAAUUAGACUGAACUUUUACGUCGACAAAGGAAUUGUCGAAAUGAUUGACAACCGCGAAAAUGAAUGUAGCCCUCUUAACAUCACCUGCAUAGGACAAGCCGGAAACCCACCCGAAAUGAUGAAGUGGCUUAAGAAGAGGAAGGGUGACAGCACCUACGAACCCAUCGAUCCUUCUUUCAUUACCAUCGACACAAUGAAGUUUCACCAAACCAACUGCAGCAACACCCGUAAGGAACAUUUUGCAUACAAGCCAUCUGUAGAUGAGACCGACUUGCUUAUCAAAUGUGGAUUUGGGGACGAAAUGGAACAUAUGUCUUUCCAUUCGCCAGUUUCUUCUCACGAAAAUUUAGAAAUCAAAGUUAUGCCAGAAGGUCAACAUAAGGUCGGAGAAGAGAUCCAAGUGACAUGUUCAGGUUUUGGAUUCAGUGACAUGACUAAAUUCAAAUGGUUCAAAAAGACAAAAGAUUCAAGUGACAAAAUGAAAAUCAUGCCCAGAGACUCAAAACCAAUGUUUAAGAACGCUGACAGUAUGUGUCGCACACAAGCCUCUGAGAUGAUUACUUACAUCCCAGAAAUCAACGAUGAAAUAAUUUAUUGCGAAGCAAAAGACGGUGGUCAUAUGGCAAGUGCUGACUGGACCAUUCAGCUGGGUGUGAUUUCCAAUCCCACUGAUGGUAUUACUACGAAGGAUAGUGACGAGGACGAUGAUGAUAUGCCGGAUGAGGAGGAACACGAUGAUAUGACCACUUCCGAGCCAAGUCCCGAAGAAGAGACUGAAGACGGUAGCAAGGCAGAACCAGAAGCAGAGGCGGAAUCAGAAACUACAACCAAAUCGCUUUCCAAACCGGUCCAGCAAGAUUCUGGACAAUUGCGACGUUGUCUCUACAACAGCGUCCUUAUCUUUUCUCUGGUUAUCAUAGCUAUUCUAUUUCUGAUCGAGGAAACAUCGUAA